UUUUGGACUUUAUUCUCUAAUUUUUUUCACUGUAUUGUCUAGUAGGGUUUCUGAUUCUUUCCUAAACACUUCCCUGUCCCAGUCUCUCUCCAUCUCUUUCCUCGUUAAACCCUAGGCCCCCUCUCUCCGGCCACAAUCAACCAACCAUGGACGACGUCUGCGAAGGCAAAGACUUCUCCUUCUCAUACCAAGAAGAGAAGAUCCUCCAAUGGUGGACCGAAAUCCACGCCUUCGAAACCCAGCUCGACCGCACCAAAGACUUCCCAGAGUACAUCUUCUACGACGGUCCUCCAUUCGCUACUGGUCUUCCUCAUUACGGCCACAUUCUCGCUGGUACGAUCAAAGACAUCGUGACUAGGUACCAGACCAUGCGUGGCCACCACGUCACUCGACGGUUCGGUUGGGACUGCCAUGGAUUGCCUGUGGAGUUCGAGAUUGAUAAGAAGUUGGGGAUUAAGACUAGAGACGAUGUGUUGAAGAUGGGGAUUGGGAAUUACAAUGAAGAGUGUCGAAGUAUUGUGACCAGGUAUGUGGAGGAGUGGGAAACGAUUGUGACGAGGACGGGUCGGUGGAUUGAUUUCCGUAAUGAUUAUAAGACUAUGGACUUGAAGUUUAUGGAGACUGUGUGGUGGGUUUUCUCUCAGCUCUUUGAAAAGGACCUUGUCUAUAGAGGUUUCAAGGUUAUGCCAUAUAGCACUGGUUGCAAAACUCCACUGUCUAAUUUUGAAGCCAAUUCCAACUAUAAGGAAGUUCCUGACCCUGAAAUCAUGGUGUCUUUCCCAAUAGUUGGUGAUCCACAAGGUGCGGCUUUUGUGGCAUGGACGACAACGCCUUGGACCCUUCCCAGUAAUCUUGGCCUUUGUGUCAAUGCAAACUUUGUCUAUGUAAAGGUUCGCAACAAGUUCAAUGGGAAAAUUUAUGUGGUUGCUGAGUCUCGACUAUCGGAGCUUCCUGUUGAGAAACCAAAAAAGAACAUUUCUAAUGGAUCUGUCAAUGAAUCUGAAAAUUCAAACUCUAAGACCAAGGGAUCCUCUGGUGGAAAAAGUAAGAAUGUGGUGGAUACAUAUGAGGUGUUGGAUAAAUUUUCAGGGGCUUCACUUGUGGGAACAAAGUAUGUGCCGUUGUUUGAUUACUUCAUGGACUUCUCCGAUGUGGCAUUUAGAGUUCUUGCAGAUGAUUUUGUAACUUCUGACAGUGGAACUGGAGUUGUUCACAUGGCUCCUGCAUUUGGUGAAGAUGAUUAUCGUGUUUGUACUGAAAACCAAAUAAUUAUUAAGGGGGAGAGUCUAAUUGUAGCAGUUGAUGAUGAUGGCUGCUUUACCGAGAGAAUUACUGACUUUAGCGGUCGUUAUAUCAAGGAUGCAGACAAGGAUAUUAUUCAGGCAGUGAAGGAUAAUGGCCGGCUUGUAAAGAUUGGAAGCUUGACACAUAGUUAUCCUUUUUGUUGGAGAUCUGAUACCCCUCUUAUCUACAGAGCAGUUCCAAGCUGGUUUGUUGCAGUGGAGAGGCUGAAAGAUCAAUUGCUAGAAAACAAUAAACAAACUUACUGGGUUCCUGAUUUUGUGAAGGAGAAGCGCUUCCACAAUUGGCUAGAAAAUGCAAGAGACUGGGCUGUAAGUCGAAGUAGAUUUUGGGGUACACCUCUUCCUGUGUGGGUUAGUGAUGAUGGCGAGGAAACGAUUGUUAUGGAUUCUGUUGAUAAACUUCAAAAGCUUUCUGGUGUUGAGGUGUCUGACUUGCAUCGCCACAAGAUUGAUCAUAUCACAAUUCCAUCCAGCCGUGGCCCUAGUUUUGGUGUGCUUCGACGCGUAGAGGAUGUGUUUGAUUGUUGGUUUGAGAGUGGGUCGAUGCCAUAUGCUUAUAUCCAUUAUCCAUUUGAGAAUGUUGAACUAUUUGAGAACAACUUCCCUGGGCAUUUUGUGGCUGAGGGGCUGGAUCAAACUCGUGGAUGGUUCUAUACACUCAUGGUCUUAUCAACUGCACUAUUUGGGAAACCUGCAUUUAAGAAUCUCAUUUGCAAUGGACUUGUCUUGGCUGAGGAUGGGAAAAAGAUGAGUAAAAGACUGAAGAAUUAUCCUUCACCAAUGGAAGUCAUAAAUGAUUAUGGGGCUGAUGCUUUACGAUUAUAUAUUAUCAACUCUCCAGUUGUGCGUGCUGAGCCUUUACGUUUUAAAAAGGAUGGAGUCUAUGGUGUUAUCAAAGACGUAUUUUUACCAUGGUACAAUGCUUACAGGUUCCUUGUUCAGAACGCAAAGAGACUUGAGGUUGAGGGGCUUGCACCAUUCAUUCCUAUUGAUCAAGUCACUCUUCAGAAGUCAUCUAAUGUUCUUGACCAGUGGAUCAACUCUGCCACUCAGAGUUUGGUGCAUUUUGUUCGGCAAGAAAUGGAUGGAUAUCGCCUCUAUACAGUGGUUCCUUAUCUAUUAAACUUUCUUGAUAACCUCACGAAUAUCUAUGUGCGGUUCAACCGUAAGAGACUCAAAGGUCGUACCGGAGAAGAAGAUUGCAGGAUUGCACUUUCAACUCUGUACCAUGUCCUUUUAACUUCUUGUAAAGCAAUGGCCCCAUUCACACCAUUUUUUACUGAAGUUCUUUACCAAAACUUGCGCAAAGUUUCUGAUGGGUCAGAGGAAAGCAUUCACUAUUGCGGUUUUCCUGAGGAAGAAGGGAAGGGAGGGGAACGUAUUGAGCAGAGUGUCAGAAGGAUGAUGACCAUCAUUGAUCUUGCCCGGAAUAUUCGUGAGCGUCACAACAAACCUCUGAAAUCACCACUAAAGGAGAUGGUUGUAGUUCAUCCUGAUGCAGAGUUUCUUGAUGAUAUAGCUGGAAAACUAAAAGAGUAUGUGUUGGAGGAACUCAAUGUAAAAUCCAUUGUCCCAUGCAAUGAUCCUUUGAAGUAUGCUUCUUUACGUGCCGAGCCGGAGUUCAGUGUAUUAGGCAAACGUCUUGGAAAAUCAAUGCCUGUUGUUGCCAAGGCAGUCAAAGCAAUGUCACAGGAGGAUAUUUUAGCUUUCGAGAAGUCUGGACAAAUUACUGUUGCUACACACAGUUUGAAGCUGACUGACAUCAAGAUCGUCCGAGGUUUCAAGCUCCCUGAUAAUAUGACUGAGCAAGAAGUUGAUGCUGCUGGAGAUGGUGAUGUUCUGGUGAUAUUGGAUUUGCGUCCUGAUGAGUCAUUGUUGGAGGCAGGGGUUGCCCGUGAGGUUGUUAAUAGGAUCCAGAAAUUACGGAAGAAAGCUGGCCUUGAACCGACUGACUUGGUAGAGGUUUAUUUCAGGUCAUUGGAUAAAGAUCCGUCAAUCUCACAACAGAUUUUAAAUUCACAGGAAUCAUAUAUCAGGGAUUCAGUCGGUUCCUGUUUGCUUCCUUCAACCAUCCUUCCACCUCACGCAGUGAUUCUUGAUGAGGAGACAUUCCAUGGCAUUUCUGAUUUGUCAUUUACUAUCACUUUGGCGAGACAGUCGUUAGUAUUCAACUCGGAUGCUGUUCUUGCACUAUGUGAAGGAAAAACAAAAUUUGCGAAUGGCUUACAGACUUAUUUGCUGUCAAGGGAUCAUCAUAAUUUGAAGUCAGAAUUUCAACUUGGAAACAGAAAGAUUAAGGUUGAUUGCAUUGAAAAUCAGCCUGCAGUUGACGUCGUUCUGGGAGAACAUUUGUUCUUGACGGUUGGAGAUUACUUCUUAAGCACAAAAACUUGAAGAUUUCACAUCAACAUAUUGGUUUUACAUUUCCAAAGGGGAAAAGAACAAAACCACAGAGAUAAGAAAAGGAAUAAUUGGUAUAUAUGAAUGAAUACUUUCAAAGAAAAGAAAUAUUUUUUAGGGAAAAUUAGAUUCAUGAAUGUCAUGCUGUGGAGAAUGGUGGAUUGGUUAAUGUCAAGAAUGGUAUUUGUACCUCCAUUUGAUUAGGUGGAUCAUCUAUUUCUUAUUUUUAGCAUUUUUGUUUUGAACGAUUAUUUUAGCAUUCCACCUUGUAUAUUUGCUCAUGUUUACUAAGGAGCUCUGGAGAUAAAUUUGAUAAAUAUGUUCUUCUGAUCCAAUUUUUCGUUUUUAA